UAAAGCCACGGAAGAACAGAAUGCGAUCCUGAACGUGGCUUGUUUCACGCGUGGGUAGCGUGGGCACACUCGACCGUAUCUGAAUCGCGGGAAAUGUUCAACCAAUGAAAGACUGAGUCGAUCUGAUUCGAUACAUUUUGCAAAGCGUGGCUUUGAAUUUCCCAUAAUGCCUCACCGGGCACUACGAAGUGAAGAAAAUGGCGUCUCUGACUGUGUGUGGUUCGAAUGGAACUGGUUUGGGUCAGUUUCGAUAUCCACAAGGAAUAGCUGUUAGCAACAAAGGUGAAGUUGCUGUCAUAGAUACGUGUAAUCACCGUGUCCAGUUAUUUAGCUCCGAUGGCCAGUUUCUGAGAGCGUUUGGAAGUCAAGGAGUCAAGGAUGACCUCAUGAAUUUUCCUUGCAGUGCUACGUACGAUAAACAAGAUAAUAUCAUCGUCACGGAUUCUGACAAUCACAGGUUGUUAGUGUUCUCUUCAAAUGGCGAGUUAAUACAAGAGUUUGGCAGCGAAAGCCUCAGAAAUCCCUGGGGCGUCUGUACGACAAGUAAUGGCAACAUCGCGGUUUGCAGUGGAGGCGAAAAAGGAGAAGUUCAAGUUUACUCGCCGGACGGAUCAUUGGUGAUGCAAUUUAGUGAUCCCUCUACAAACAGCCGUCCUUCGUACGUUGUCUACAGUCACGAUAAGUACUUUGUGUCUUACAGUGACGAUCAGUGUGUGAAAGCGUUCAAUGGUCAGGGACAGUUGUUGUUUAACAUCGGAGAGCCCGGCAUAGGCGACGCACAAUUCAACAGACCUCGUGGACUUGUAGUCGAUGAACACGAGCAGUUGCUGGUCUGCGACGGCUGGAAUAACCGGAUACAAGUCUUCAGCCUAGAAGGGAAGUUUUUAUCGAAGUUUGGAAGUCGUGGCAAAAGUCCAGGACAGUUAAUUUUCCCCGUGGAUCUUUCGAUUGCUCCAGAUGGACGGCUUUUUGUCAUCGAGCUGAAGGGCGAGCGUCUUCAGGUUUUUCAAGGAUUAGAGAAACAAGCCUAGAAAUACAUUAGCUAGUAUGUGUGAUCAAGAUAUGGUCCCAGUCAAUCGAAAACCGUCCUUUCUUGUACAUUUCCUACAUAACUAAUUAAUUGGUUUUAUUUGUAAACUAUAUUUCGUGUCAUAUCAUAGUUGAUUCGAUUAAUUUUGUAAUGUUUUGCUGUUAGAGUGACAGAGAUUGCUAUGUCUUGGUUAGAUAGACAGGAACUUUUCAACCAGUAUGGUUCAGAUUUUCGUAGUAUAUGGCAAAGCAGUCCUAAAGCCUAGUUGUUGAUACAGUAAUUCCAUAAUAUGUCUUAGUGCCAAGGUUACUGUACUUGUGGCAGUUAUCUCUUAUUUAGACAUAUUCAUUAUUGAACCAAAGUGCCUAUCCACACAAAGCAGCUGAAAGUUGUUUGUUCCUGUUUUGCUUACAUCUUAUCUCCACCAAAUUUUCAUUUUGGUUACAACAUCAGCACUUAUAAAUAACAAAAAUUGCUUACGGUAAAACAACAGUCACCUACGUAAUUAAACACCUUCUGUUUUCGAUGAAGGAACUUAAUGUUUCCUUAAAAUGAAUUGACGGAUCUGCCGUUUUGACCCUUGACAAAAAUUUGGCAUACUCUGUGACAGGGCAACAGAACUUUUGAAGUGCAAAAAACUUGUAGAGGUGAAAAUCACCGCCUACACUUGUAAAAUAGAAGUGAUGACAGAUAUGGUUGCAAAAUAAACCAAACUUUGCCUAGUGUGGAUGGGCACGAAUGUCGUGCAUUCUACUUCACCAGAUCUUGUUCAUAACAUGUGCUGAUUGUGGAAUGAGAUCAUGUUGUUUUUAGAAACCAUCACAACAACAUCCUCAGGAGUUUCAAUAAUAACACUGAUCCCUGUUAUUAAUUAUGUCAACCAAGACAGGAGCUACCCAAGCCAUUAGAGUAUUACAAUGUUUUCAUUUGCAGUGUUGUGUGAUUCAAGAGUAAAAACCUUCAAGUCUUUUGUAGGGUUAUAGAAUGGCAAAUGAAACACUUGAUGAGAUGCAAAGUCUUUGUUUAAUAAUCCAACAUUGAGGCUACAUUUUUGAUUCUAAGCUUAGUAUUCAAUGCUGAACAAUCCGAGCCCAAGACUCAAAACUAACAUGCUGAAGGUGAAUUAGGUCAUGUACAAACAUACAUUGUUUUAAAUUGGUUCUUGUGACAAUUUGUGUGAAAGAAAUGUCAGCCUUUGUUGAACCUUGCUCAACUUCAUAAUAUGCCACAUAAGUCCUAGCUUCCUUGAGAUGAAUGAUUCACAAAUAAUAAUUUUUAACAGUCUAAGCUACUCUUAUUUGACGUGAAGACAAGCCUGAGAUUUUGAGACUAGUUCUAGACACAGAGAGUUCAAGACGAAACUAAACUUUGCCUCCACAGAUCAUUCUAGACCAUUCUUCUUCUCUUUAUGUGAUGACAAAUACAUUAUUUUGAACAAAGAAAGCAGUUUCAAGAUUGCUGCUGCAUGCUUUCACACUUUCAUUUUCAGUAUAUUUUUUUUGAAGUAAUUUUCAUGUAGCUGAUCAAUAUUACCAGAUAUAACCAGAAUGUAUUAAAAGGAGUAAUAUUUCCAAAACCCGUGUGAAUUCAUAUGUAGAGAAGAGUUAUUGAAAAUUCCAAAGGUAUCCUCUAUAUCACUCUUGGCACAGCCAUCUCAGCAGAUUACAAGUUUCUGAUGUGUCAAGUACUGAUCAACAAAAUGCAGUCAUUCUGGGUUCAUAUUGUGGUUAUGUUCGUUUCUGAGCUUUUCUUAAAAGGCUGAUGAUUCAGUUAUCAAGUCUUUUUUUGUUAGGUAUUAGUUACAUUACAGACAGUAGAAGAGGUAUCUUUAAUAUACAAUAUUGCUUAUGAUUUUCAUAUGCAGUUACCGCCUUUCUAAAUUCAGUUCAAGAAACUGGCUACCAAAGUUGUGCUUUAUAUGUCAAUAAGGAUAUUUUCUUAACAAUGCACUGUUAAUCUGUUUGUGCAUAACUGACUGUCCUAUUUAAUGGUCAAUGCAUGCACCAGUAAUAUUUACCAAACUGUACAGAGCAGAACAAACUCUGAGUUUGCACAGAAUGACUGGUCUCAGACUUUCAAAUUGUACCAGGACAGAGAACCAACAUACACAAACAACAUAGCUACAGGUUUUAAAUCAAUGGUAUGUUUGCUCACUGGGAUUAACCUCUGCACUGAUUCAAUGUCAGCCCCAAGGCACAUGACAAAUUCAUGUUUGUUAUUAAAUUAUACAAUGGAAUUUUUCUUGUAUUAAAGAUCUUACUGUAAACUCAA